CAAAAAAUGCGAAAAAAGAACUUCAUAUUAAGCAAGCAUCCCAUGGAUAUCAAGAACCUAUCAAGUGCUCUAUCUUUGUGAAUGGUUGUGAAGUAGGCGAUGAUAUUUUAAAGAAAAAUGGAAUCAGUAAUAAAAUUUUAAUGAUCAGUAAUGAUCUUUCAAUUGUGCAAUUUUGCAAAAAAUCGCAUGUUUGUAUGGAACAAUGCACUAAAGCAAGAGUUAACUGUACUCUUCUCAUAUUGGAUGGAAACAUAUGUUCAAAUUACAAGAUGUUGCAUAACACGUUAUACAAAAUUGAAAAACGGCAUACAGAUGGUAUACAGUCCAUUAAAACAUCACAUGCAUUCAGAGAAGUCCUAGCUGAACUUGUUCAGAAUACACGAAAAGUCAUCAAGUCCCAGAAAAAAUUAGUCAAAGAUCUUUAUGAUCGUUUAGAACAGAAGUUUGAAGCAAAAGAAGAAAAUAUAUCAAAACCAUUGACCAAGAUCAUUUACAAUGUAAUUGAAGAAGUUAAAAACAAAGAACAUGAAGAUAUACCGAAUAUUAUUUUAAAAGAGCUAGUUCGUAUACAAAGACUUUUAUGGAGCCAAUGCAACAAUAAAUAUGUUGGAUAUAUUGAUUUUGAUGAAAAUGCUGAACUUGAAGCAUUUAGCGAACAAUGUCUUCAUGAUGUUCAAAUUCAUGUUAACGAUCAUAAGCAAACCGAAAAUAAAGAUAAAAAAGACCAUGAACAUGCCUUAGCAACCCAAAUGUUCACACUCUCAAUACAAUUCUCUUUCACUUGGCUACCAAGCUUGAAUGUGUGGCAAUUCAUACAUGUGAAUCAGUUUGUGAUGGUGCAGGUGAAAACAGAAGACACAUUAAAAGCUUUGAUUGGUUCGCAACAACCUGGAAG